GUUGUAAUAUACACGAGAGGGAGCAGAAGAUAUUUCAGGAUUUGGGGAAUCACACGGAAUUACUACAAGGGAGCGUUCGCCCUUCAUGAAUCCCUCCAUCGCUUCUAUUCCAUCCCCUCUUCAACUAAAGCAUUCGAUUUCCCUUCUGCCUGCAGAUCGUGACCGUAUUGGAUGAAGGAUGCGCCGCUGUGCUCCAAGAGCGACUACCCGCUGCAGUGCAUGUGUUAACGUUUGACUGAUCUGUCUAUGUAUGGGAUUUUUCACUCUCUGUGGAGAGACAAGGAGCUGAUAGCGUCCUGAGAGGGAAAACGUUAAAAGUUGGAGGAAUUAACUGAUUUAUGGACAGAAAAAAGGUCACUGGUAACUACUCUUUCUUGUCCCGUGGAUGAUUUUUUCCCCAAUCCGGCGCUAAAGGCGCGAAAUGAUUCCUGUCACGUAGCGCAACAACCAGCUGUCCUGGAUCUCGCUGGAGUGAAUAGGUGCUCCGUGCACGUGAGAGAUAGCGCAGCGCGCGGACACCUGCAGUAAAUGUAGCGGGAAUUCCCCUCGUAAACCGUCCGGAGAAGAACUUCGGAGGUGCAGACCUGUCAAUCACCCUCAUCACCGUCCAGUCAAAGCCAGGAGAAAAGGAGAGGGCAGGGCAUGGACUGGAUUGGCCAUUGCUAUGCAUGAGCGAGUGCCAUGGUGUCCAUGGAGACCAAGGGCUAUACUGACCUCCUGGAGACCAGCGAUGGGCAGGGGUCGGGACUUUUGGAGAGAGGGGACGUGUCUGGGACUGAGGAGGGCUGGAGCGUCCCCUUACCCCUGGGCUUCCAGGUGUCCCUCACCACCGUGCUGAUGCUGGAGCUGGUGCUCGGCUUCAGCAGCAACCUGACCGUGCUGGUGCUCUACUGCGCCCAGUCCAACCUGGUUGACUCAGUCAGCAACAUGGUUACGGUCAGCUUGCACGUGCUGGACAUCCUGGUGUGUGUGCUGUGUCUGCCGCUGACCGUGGCGAUCAUCCUGCUCCCAGUGGACGGUAGUGGCGGGGGCAUCCUGGCUACGCUGUGCUGCUUCCAUGAGGCCUGCGUCACCUUCACCAGUGUGGCCACGGCCAUCAAUGUGCUGGUCAUCAGCCUGGACCGCUACGACAUCACCGUCCGUCCAGCCACGCGGCUGCUGACCCCGCGACGUGCUGCACUCCUCCUGGCUGCUGUUUGGGCCAUAUCACUGGCCGUCUUCUUCCUGCCCUUCCUGGAGGGGGACUUCUUCUCAAUGGGGUCUGACGCGGAGGACAAUGAGAUUGGAGGAGGGUUGGAGAUGGAGAUGGGGGAUCUGAUCCCUGAGUCUGAUUCUGAAGCCCCUACUGGACUGACCCCCACUGGGCAAAACCACACUGGGCUGACCCUCACUCCCUCCACCCCCUCUACUCCAUACUACUCCCACCCUCUGCCGCCAUUGAGGCAGAACCGGACACUGCUAUGUGUGGGUGGGCAGGGCUACCACACGGGCCUGGCCAUGUACUACCACCUCCUCCUGCAGGUGCCCUGCUUCUUCAUCGCCGUGGUCGUCAUGUUGUUCACAUACUCCCGCAUCCUGCAGGCCCUCAACAUCCGCAUCGGCACCCACAUAAAGAGGGGCCCACGGGCCUCCAAUAAGGACUCAGGCUGCAGGAUCCGCAGGCGGAGACAAAGGAGGAAGGGACUGAGUCUGGCCACAGAGGGGAGAGGUUCCUCCAGCCAGAACCAACGCCUCACCCACCCGCCCCUCAUCCCAUCCCCCAGCUCCCUCCCUCCCCUCUCCUCCAUGCCCCUGGUUACCUCUGACAGUGGGGCCACGGGGGUCACCAACACCACCGCCACCACCCCCAGCGCCACCACCCCAGCGACCCCUAACCCCACUGACGACAUCUCCCCCCCACCGGCGGCAGACCGCCCAGGCGUCCAGGCUUCUGUGUCGGCCAUCAUCGCCCUGAGGAGAGCAGUGAGGCGCCACCGGGACCGGCGGGAGCGCCAGCGGAGAGUCUUCAAGAUGUCCCUGAUCAUCAUCUCCUCUUUCCUGGGCUGCUGGGCUCCUCUGUCCAUGGUGAACGUGUUGAUACUGUGCCUGGGCCCCAGCGAUGGCCUGGUACGUGUGAGGCUCUGCUUCCUGGCCAUGGCAUACGGCACCACCAUCUUCCACCCGCUGCUCUAUGCCUUCACCAGGCAAAAGCUGCGUAAAGCGCUGAAGACCCAUGUCAAGAAGAGGGUGGUGUCCCUGCUGCAGGUGGACCCGGCGCCCAACGGGGGAGCUGUUAUUCACAACUCCUGGGUGCAGGGGGGUGGACAGAGGAAGGGACGCAAGCCCCGACUGGAGGGCAGUGACGCCACCAGUAACUGCCUAACAGUGGCUGUGAGAGAAUGAGAGGCCGUGCAGCUGUGUGUAUGCGUGCGUAUACAAGCGAGCUUGCAUGAGUACAUGGGUGUACAGUGUGUGAUAGUUGACAAAGGUCACACUACAUCAUCAGCACCUCCCUCCAUCCAGAUGUGUGAUGAUGGCAGGUGGGCCCAGAGCUCUAAUUAACAUCAGACCUGCUCUGUGAUCUAUGUACACAGCUCUUCAUUAGUCCCCCAGUUAACGACAAGAUGGCCACUCCUUCUCCAUGGCAAUGCCAAGCUACAAAGCAAUAUGUGACAUCACCUGCGUUGCCGCAACCUUAGUUACUGUGGAUAUACAUCCCAAUAUAGGUACAGAGCAAAAAUAUCCACACACAUUGAUCAACCUGUUGUCAUUCACGGAACAAGUGAACACACAAUAUCUACCUGCACACAGAUCUCAAUGAGAGUCAAUAUCCAGUAACAGUUUAUCAUUUGAUUAGUCAUGCAUUAAAGGUGAAGUUUUAUUUUUUACAACCUUUUUUACAACCUAUUUUUGAUGUACUGUAAAUGGCAUGUUAUAGAAGGAUCCUGACACCUUUUUUGUGAUUUCAUGUUUGUUUGUUUUUACUUUCCCCCAAACAGCAAAUUGCUUCCUCAUCCUCAUUGUGGAGUAUGAAGUCACCGAAAAAAUAUGAUCAAAGGCUCCAAAAACACCCAAAUAAAAUAACAUGUUAUUUGUUGCAUACACAUAUUUAGCAGAUGUUAUUGCGGGUGUAGCGAAAGGCUUUUGUUCCUACCUCCAACAGUGCAAUAAUAACAAUACACAAAAAUGCUAAUAAAUCUAAAAGGUAGAAGAAGAAG